AUGUUGGAGGAAUUGAGUCUGGAGCAAUUUGAUAAUGCAUUGUUAAUUUACACAUGUAUAUAUUUUGCCAUUAUUUCUGUGACAGAUGCCUGCAGUUUCUAUUGCUGUGUUUCCAAGCUCAGAUGCUACAGAGCACAACACGUGAGGGACCACGCCAGGAACAGUGACCAGCUCAGCCGCCGGCACAUCCGUGUCUACCAGCUCUACAGCCGGACCAGUGGAAAGCAUGUCCAGAUCCUAGGCAAGAGAAUCAAUGCAACCGCUGAAGAUGGGAGUAAAUACGCAAAACUGCUGGUGGAAACAGACACAUUCGACAGCCGAGUGCGAAUCCGAGGAGCAGAGACUGGACACUACAUCUGCAUGAACAGAAGGGGAAAACUUGUCGGAAAACUGGUUGGAAAGGGGAAGGAUUGCAUUUUCACAGAAAUACUGCUGGAGAAUAACUACACAGCACUGAGGAACACCAAAUAUGACGGGUGGUACAUGGCCUUUACCAGGAAGGGGCAGCCCAGGAAAGCAACAAAGACCAGGCAGAACCAGAGAGAAGUCCACUUCAUGAAAAGACUCUUCAAAGGGGAACCGCUCUUCCCAAACCGGGGCCGGCAAAGGCACUUUGAGUUUAUAAAUUACCCUGUCACCAAAAGGACUCGGAGGACACGUCUGCCAAGGAGGCACCGAACCUAG